UUCUUAUUUCUGAAGAGAGAGAGAGAGACGCCUCCCUCCUCUCUUCUCCUCUCUUAUCUCUCCACAGCAGAUGCUUUCAGACCAAUAACAAUCUGAAUCCUCUUAUUUCUCUUUGACCCAAAUUCAGGAGAAGGGAGAAACAAGAGGAUCAGCUAAGCUCUCGAUGGAAUCCUCCCGUGAUGUGGUCAAUUUCAGGAGCCCCCAAGAUGACUCCAUCGUCGACCCUUUCCUUGUCGAGGCUCUCCACAAUCCUCGCCACCGUCUUACCAUUUUGCGCAUGGAACUUGAUAUACAAAGGUUUCUGGAUAAUCCUGAUCAGCUGCAAUUUGAGUUCCCAUGUUUCCCAACCUCCUACCUUCGACUUGCUGCACACCGUGUUUCUCAUCUCUAUGGUUUACAGACUUUGGUUCAAGAUAGUGGUUCAGAUGGUCAAGGAAAUAAGAUUAUCGUGAGGAAAACAGCAGAAAGCAAGUUCCCAACUAUUAAGCUAUCCGAAAUACCUGUAAAGCAGUCUGAAAAUGAUAAAACUGAGCAGAUCAAAAUUGUUCUCAAGCCUAGGCCUAUUAAAGCUAAUGCGAGUAAUGAUAGUGGAGCUGGGAUGAAAAGAAGUCCUGUUAGAAGUGUAGAAGAGAGGAAGGAGGAGUAUGAUAGGGCACGUGCUCGUAUCUUUAGCAGUUCUAGUAGUCAUGACUUUAGCGAUACAUCAUUUCAUGUCUCGAUUGAUGGUAAGUAUGAGAAUGAAAGUUUCAGAAACUCCACAAUUGAUCCAGAAAAGAAUUUAAAUGUAAAUGAUCUUUCUACAUCAUCUCGAGUUGCCAUAUUCAGAGAUAGGGAAAAAGACCGUACUGACCCAGAUUAUGAUCGCAAUUACAAGAGGUAUGUGAGGAGUCUUCCUGCCAAUCAGAGAUUUAAUGUGGCACCUCUCAGUAUGCACAAGUUCCAACCUCAGUUUUUGCAGUAUGAAGUGGGUUUAUCCCAAAUGCCAAGGACUUUGGCUUCAAUUAGCUAUGGGGCUCCUUCAACCCCAGCCAUGACCCCUUUUUGUGCCAUGGGAAUGAGUCAGACAUCUAGAGAAGCUACUUAUGUUCCGUGGCCAAGUGCUGCAAUGAUGUAUGCACAUCCGUAUGAUCAGUUUAGACAAGCUGUUGUCCAGGCUCCAUACAAUCAGCAGGCCCUGAGGUGUGACUAUCCCCAGUACCACUAAAUAAUUGCAGAAUAAGAAACAGGUGUUCUUAAUUUUCUGGUGCUGCAGAAUUUUUUGGAAAACAUUUGUUUCAUUACUGUUUUGUGGUGUCGUACUAUUCAGAUGACUAAUACUAUUACUCUAUUCAGAGAACUGCCUUUUUGUAGUGAAGAAAUAUAUACAGGUCUAUACUCUUGGACUUGAUAUUUUUCCCUC